AAACUGUUUUAAGAAAUCAUUUGCUAUGAUGUGUAUAAAUGUGUUUCCACGAUUUGCUGUCCUUGUUGCAAGUGCCGAAAAACUUACUAAAAUUAAAAUGUCCAUGUUGUGACUCACUAUGUAUGCGUGCGUGUUCCUAUUUCCCCAGUCAGUCUCCCAGCAAUGAGUCUGUUUCGGAAGUCCCAGUCAGAAGAUGGCGUAGACCGCUACACCCGCCUGUGGUCAGUGCUGUUGCUGCUGACCCUUGCCCUGGUCACGUGGCUCCUGCCCUUUAGCCCCACCAUCAGCUCCCUAGCAACACGGCCAUCCGAACAGCCAUUGAACAGACUGGAACCUCCGACCUACCACGCCAAAUGCUGGGUUCCCAAUGAGUUCACGGGUAGCUACGCAGACUUCGCAAACAGAAUCUGUGCGUCGUUUGCGAACUCUGCUUACAGAGGAGAGAAGAACGUUUCUCUCUACCGCCUCACCGAAGACUCAGGACCAAUAAACAUCCCCACAAUGGAGCGCUUCACGCCCAAACUCAUGACAACCUCUAACUUAGAGUCAAGGUCACACAGACAGAUGACGUCACAGGAUUCAAGUCUUGGGCCAGAUACGUAUCUCUUCUUAGCAGUGACUGUCCCGCUGGCCUUGUUUCUCUUCGCCGUCUGCCUCAAACUGCCUCUCAUCUUGUUCCGUCUGAUGUCUGGUUUUGGAAGCAUCAACGUUGACCGGACGCUGGACACAGCUCGUGGUGGCUUGACCCUUGACACAGGAAGUCGGCGACAGUUGAACUUUGACCUUAGUCGGGCUGCUACAGAAGCGGCCAAAACAUCUCGCGGCGUGGCUCUGUCCUACUUGAUGUUCAAACUGCUCCUGUGUGUAGUCACGCUGGUGGAGCUUGUGGUUCUGGGCUCUCUCUUGAUGCCUCAGCUGACGCAGCUCAAGGACAGGAACGAUAACCCAGGACUGGUCUACGGGACCAGCACCCAGACCUCUCCUGACCUGCACGGUAAAGCGUACGAGUUCGAGAACGACAUGCUUCUCAUCUGCGAGUUCGAAAUCCGCCAGUUACAGAACGUAGUUACGUUUGACCUACAGUGUUUGUUCAGCUAUGACGAAGGUGCUACCGCGGGUCACUCAAGAGUUGGAGCCGAAACCCAGCAGUUAGCUGGAGAUGUGUUGAAUGGCUACCACGCUCUGUUGACCGCUGUGUUGGCCUACCUGGUCAUCCUGCUAGUGGUCAAUGUUCUGAGUCUGAUCACCUGGACGUCGAAACUUGUCUUCGGCAUCUUCCGUAGCUCGUUGCUCCAGGGCUCGUCCUCACUGUCUCUUGACCUCUCCUUUCUGCUGCUCAUGAGUCAGGAGAACAAUGGCCCACUGGUCACUCAAGAACUGGCUGGACAUCUGACCAGUGUGACCGGGCUAGAUAGAGUAAUGGACAAGAGGACAAUUGAGUGAGGGUCAAU